AUGGCUCAUAACAAUACUAUUUAUUACUUAAACAGUCAAGAAAGCGACUUAGACAACGAGAUUCUCAUGUCUCCAUGCUCUAAGGCCUUUGAUAAUGAUAUGGAAUAUAGUUAUUAUGAUAAUAUUCCUUUAACAUGCACUGUGACUCCAUUGAAGCAAUUUGGUUCUUCAUCGGAGCCUCAGAAAUAUGUCUUGUGUGAAUAUACCCCCCCAGCAUUUGCAGGAGCAUCUUUGGAUGCAUCUGCCUUGGCCUCAGGGAAAUAUGAUCCGGCUGGUUCUUCGCAAUCUUCAUCUCUUGAAAGUGACUCAGGGUUUUCUGUGUUAAGAGAAAGAUUGAUAUGUGGAGUUUGGUGGAAGGAAUUUGGUGUUGAAGAAAAUAAUGUGCUUCAAAGUGUUAGUAUUAAUGAGAAUAAUAAAGUAUUAUGUCGUGGGAUAACAACGUUUUCCAAAAAUGAGCAUAAUAUUUAUAUUAUUGGAGAUAUUUGCAAUAAGCCUUAUUUAAAACAAAGAUUGGCUGCAAUUAUUGAUUUUGCUUCUAAUUUUCUUUUUUGCAAUAAAUUGUUUAUUCGUAUUAGGAAAGUAUCUUCUGGACUUGAUGCCUUGAUUAGAGGUCUUACUUGGAUCGGGUUUAGAAUUGUUCCUUCUGCUUCUUUUUCUUCUGAAUAUUAUUUGCUAUUCAGUAUUUGUUUGUAA